GGCACCUGAUGCUGACGCUAAAGUGACAGAGGACGAGGAGAUCUCACAGGUGAGCGAUGCAGCUGAGGCCUUGGAAGACCGAAGAUCCUUGUUGGACGUCAUUGACCAAGCGGCGAAGGCAGAACUUCAGAAAGCCCCGAGUCCUAUGACGGAAUCUCCCUUGUGGGAGGAGUUAAACAAGGACUUGCCAAAGUGGCCGAACGCGUCUGGAAGUCAACAGCCAGCUGAACCGAACACACCAGCGCUGUCAUCGGCUGCUGCAAGCGUGCCAACUGCCAAGGCCAAGCUUGAGACGGUCCCACCUAUGGAGGAAACUUCCUUGCUGGAGGAGCUAAACAAGGACUUGCCAAAGUGGCCGAACGCGCCUGGAAGUCAACAGCCAGCUGAACCGAACACACCAGCGCAGUCAUCGGCCGCUGCAAGCGUGCCAACUGCCAAGGCCGAACUUCAGAAGGCCCCGAGUCCUGUGGCGGAAACUUCCUUGCUGCAGGAGCUAAACAAGGACUUGCCAAAGUGGCCGAACGCGUCUGGAAGUCAACAGCCAAGCUUGAGAAGGUCCCGCCUAUGGAGGAAACUUCCUUGCUGGAGGAG